GGCCAGUUUGGCUGUUGUCGUGGGUAAAGCUACUCGUUCCACUAUACUCUAUCCCUAGGUUCAUAUAUGCGGUGCUUUCCUAUUCCAUGACACUAACCGUAAGUCCAAAUAGUCCCAUCCCAUACUCAUUGACAGAAAGCUGUAUUCUCGCUCAGCUUAACUUCUGGUCGUUCGCCAUCAUGUUCGACCUCUCUUUAGUGGCGCUGAACCACUGGAUAUGAUCCCGAUACCUGAACAUAUAUACGAAGCUGAAGAAAUCACCACUCGCCAAGACCGAUGCACAGGAGUUGCGUCCUGGUGUCAACAUUUCAGAGUCGGCACCCGCAUUCCACAAUUACCUUGACGAGUUCCUGCAAGCCGUUCGAGUGUUCAGGUUUUUGGAGAAGCCAGUAUGGUUUCCACUGUUGUCACAUCUAGUCCUCCAGACUGACGUUCGGAGAAGGUGUUCCACGAGCUGGCCAGGCACCUCCAGACGCGUCGACUCAUCGCUGGUGACAGCAUCUCGCUAGACCAAGACAAGAGUUUCUAUUGUGUAGUCGAUGGCACUGUGCAAUUUUUUCGCGCGCACGACGGGAAAUACGUCGAUGAACAGUGUAGCGGAUCUUGGGACGAUGAAGACAUGAAUGGCUACCAGCUCUCGAACGAAAUUGGCACCGACCGACGGCACACUCUUGAGUAUAUUUGCAAUCCUGAGCCUCUUUACCGAGAACGUCAAGAUCCGUUGGCAAGGUGGCGAGGCCCUCGAGGAGCCGCAUGCGGACACUGACGCAGAUUCGGUCGUGAGCGGCGAGAGGAGUUCUAUGCGCCCUCCUGUACGCAUAAGACCACACCGUUCUGACUCGGACGUCUCGACGAUGCACCUGGACUACGUGGCGAAACAGCACCACGCUUCACCCGAUGCCAUGUCGCCGUGGGCUCGUGGGCUCGGGGCUUCAGUCUCAUCUUCUGGGUCGACUGUCCACCCUGUGGUUUCUAGAGUGUCCUCUCCGCAUUUUCCGUCGCGAUGUCAGCCCGUGUCUCAAGGGCUGUCGGUCUCUGGCCUGUCUUCUACAUCGAAUCGGACUACAUCUGCAGCACAAGUUAGGUGGAGGCCUAUCCCUAGAAAUCCUAAAUCACA